AUGUUGCUUAUGGGACGUUUUCAGAGCAAACAUAAAGAAGCUCAGGCACAAUAUGAAAAAUUCAAAGACAAAUUUGGAGAUGGCAAGUCACCGUUUGUGGGAGACACAGACGAUGAAAACGAAGAAUAUAAGGAUGGCGCUAGUUCAGAGGAAGAGGAGGAAGAGGAAGGGGAGGAAGAGAAUGAAGAGGAGAUGGAAACGUAUGAAGUAGCUCACACCCCGGCAUUUAAUCGCGACGUAAACCAGAUAAACAGUGUUCCUGUGAAUGGUGCCUUUACAGGGUUGAAUGACAUCUUAACCAGAGCAUUUCAACCAAAUGACAACAACGCGGGAUUUAAUAUACAGAACUUCUUUCAAGGCGCAACACACCGACCGCAAAGUCCUUUGGAAGAGGAAGUUAUUCCCAAAGAUUCUCCCACACGUCUUCCUCCUAUGCAAUCUUUGCAUAGGCAAAACACAAGUAGUUUGAUUGAGGCGGAAGAAACCGGUUACGCGCAACACCCUGGAGAGAUGCCUAUGUCAGUGGCAAGCGCGUCAACAUUUGCUGCCGACACCUCGAUCUAUUCACAAAUAUCACCUGAAGCUUCCUUAUUUAACUUACGCACACCCAGAGUUUCUCAAAAUGUGGUACAAAACCCCAUGCACAACUACUAUCAAAAUGAAGUCACCUCUCACAGCCAAAUAGAUUCAGUGGGAGGUUAUCCUGAGCCAGAGGACAGUCGAGCACCUUCCUAUGUGUCAAUGUCAGCGGGUUCCGAGAGUAGGAAUCAGUUCCCUCCACCUUUAACUCCAGGUCGCUCACCUAUAGAGAACAUGCUACGAAAGCGCAACUACUAUCAAAAUGAAGUCGCCCCUCACAGCCAAAUAGAUUCAGUGGGAGGUUAUCCUGAGCCAGAGGACAGUCGAGCACCUUCCUAUGUGUCAAUGUCAGCGGGUUCCGAGAGUAGGAAUCAGUUCCCUCCACCUUUAACUCCAGGUCGCUCACCUAUAGAGAACAUGCUUCGAAAGCGUCUGGAACUUACUGGACCCCCUUUUCACCCCGGGGAACAGUAA